CCCAAAAGAGCAAAGGCUGGAUUGAAUCCGCAAGGAUGUUCAGAAAAUCCGUAAACACUUUAGCACCUCUUUUUCGCACCCGCUGUUGGCAUGUCAUUCGACGAAAAUACCAUUUGGAUGAAGUUGCACCGAUAGGCUCUCAGCCGGACAUAAGUUCACCAGAAUAUCAGGAUAAUUAUGUUCGCAUGAAAGCACUUGUGGAGGAAUUAAAACAGAAUGUUGGAAGGAUUUGUGAAGGUGGCGGGCAAAAGGCCAGGGACCGACAGACCUCCCGGGGUAAGAUGCUGCCAAGAGACAGAAUCAACAACCUGUUGGACCCAGAGUCGCCUUUCCUUGAGUUGAGUCAGUUGGCGGGUUACAAUUUGUACAAGGGAGAAGAUGUCCCUGCAGGGGGGAUAAUCACUGGAAUCGGGCGAGUAUCAAAUGUGGAGUGUAUGAUCGUCACCAAUGACCCCACAGUAAAGGGAGGAUCUUACUACCCCAUCACAGUGAAAAAACAUCUGAGAGCCCAAGAGAUAGCUCAGCAAAACAACCUGCCAUGUAUUUAUCUAGUGGAUUCCGGCGGGGCUAAUCUACCUCGACAAGAUGAAGUCUUCCCAGACAGGGACCACUUUGGUCGCAUAUUUUUCAAUCAAGCCAAUAUGUCCGCUCAAGGAAUUCCGCAGGUAGCAGUAGUACUUGGCAGCUGUACUGCGGUCGGGGCCUAUGUCCCAGCCAUGUCAGAUGAGAGUAUCAUUGUCCGGAAACAGGGAACAAUAUUUUUGGCUGGUCCACCUCUAGUGAAGGCUGCCACAGGGGAGGAAGUGUCAGCAGAAGACCUUGGCGGAGCGGACUUGCAUUGUGGGAAGUCAGGUGUGACGGACUACUAUGCCCAGGACGACCAGCAUGCACUGCACCUGGCUAGGAGGGUCAUUAGAAACCUUAACUACGAAAAAUCUCCUGGGGUAACUAUUGAGACCCCUGAAGACCCUCUGUACCCAAGUGAUGAGCUGUAUGGGAUUGUAGGAGACAACCUGAAGAAAACCUUCGACAUCAGGCAGGUUAUAGCCAGGCUGGCGGAUGGUAGCCGCUUUGAUGAGUUUAAGGCAAUGUAUGGUGACACAUUGGUAACUGGAUUUGCCAGACUCUGGGGCUAUCCAGUCGGUAUCAUAGGAAACAAUGGUGUCUUAUUCUCCGAUUCCGCACUUAAGGGAACACAUUUUAUUGAAUUGUGCAGCAAAAGAGGAAUCCCUUUGAUAUUCCUGCAAAAUAUCACAGGUUUCAUGGUGGGGAGUGAGGCGGAGGCAGGUGGAAUAGCGAAGAAUGGCGCUAAGAUGGUGACUGCUGUGGCAUGUGCUAAAGUGCCCAAGUUGACCGUCAUCAUUGGCGGGUCCUAUGGUGCCGGCAACUAUGGUAUGUGUGGUCGAGCUUACAGCCCACGUUUUCUGUACAUGUGGCCCAACUCCCGUAUAUCAGUGAUGGGGGGUGAGCAGGCUGCCAAUGUACUUGCACAGAUUACACGGGAACAACGAGCUCGUGAAGGAAAGCCGUGGACAGAAGAGGAGGAGAAGGCUUUGAAGGACCCUGUAAUAAAGAAGUAUGAGAAGGAAGGUAGUCCUUACUACGCCAGUGCUAGGUUAUGGGAUGAUGGUGUGAUUGAUCCUGCAGAUACUCGGACGGUGCUUGGAUUGAGUCUGAGCGCUGCUCUCAAUGCUCCUCGACAAGAGACAUCUUUUGGAGUGUUCCGAAUGUAAUCAGUGUUACUGAUGAACUGAACUACCACAAUAUGAGCAAUGCUUAUAAUGAACAGAGAGCAGUUCUGUGUGAAUGCUCCAUUUAGCCCAUUGGUCUCAGUUGCUGCAGCUCGUUUUGCAGAGUUGUGUCCCUUGGUGAAUGAAUGACUCGUUAACUCCUCUCCACAGGUUUCGGCUGACACAAUUCUUAAUGUGCGAUAGAUAAUUCAUUACUCUUCUGAUCACAUUGGUUCUUCACACGUACAACAUACUGCCCCAGGGCUCUAUAUAGUUUUCGGAGCUAUUCAGUAUUUCCUGACAUUGACACUGAGUAAUUAUGAUUUUUAAUAUAUCUUUGCCCCCUUGGGUUCAUAUUGGAUAAUUGUAAAGCAAAUGCUGUUUCAGGUGUCUCUGUACACAUGCACUAAAUAUAAAUGUGGUAAUGGAGAACUGAUGUAGUUUACUCAAAUUGGCAGCUUACCUGGGGUCCUGUUUUUCUAUAUCUUGUCUCAGCUCAGUUGUGUGGAUUCUAACUGUAUUAAGAGACACAAUUUCUAUUGUAUUCACCUUAAUGAAAUGCAGGUCGUGUCAAACAUGUAUGAUUCAUGAUCAUAGAAUGAUCAUGCAUCAGGUUUAAUAAUAUAGUAGGUACCUGUUAGAUAGUAAUCAUGCAACUUGAGAUUGUUUCCAUGUAGAAGUUGUUUGUUUUCUGAUAUGAGGUAGCCAUUGACUUAUUAUUGUUCAAAAUUGGGCAUAAGCUGUAAAAUGUUAUAUACAGGACAAUCUGGAACAUAUCAAACCAUUUGUUUGAGAUUUGUGAUAGCUGAUGUUUAGAGAGUGUGUGUUUAGUUAAAGAUUUUAUUCGUUUAUUGUAUCAUAAUUGUGGAACAUAAUACCAUGUUACAUAUGCGUAACCGACGUGUGGUUAUAACAGUGUUAUUGUGUCACAUGAAUGUCACUAUGAUGGCACAUUUUGUUAAUGUACACAUUUGAUUUUUUUACACAUAAAUAAAAAGCUAUUGUAUGGAAACUGGAAACUUUUCUUAAAGAUGUAAAACUGUAUUUUAAGUAUGUUUAACCAUCAAAUUUUCACGAUUGAUUUUAGCAAGUGAAUUACCUACUGGCAUGUACAGCUCUACAGUAUAGUGUGUUGACUCAGGGAAUAACUAGUGCAUUUAGAGCAACAUGACACAACAAAUAGUUUAUCUUAUUCAUUCGAAUAGUGCAAUUUAAUUACAUACCUCUCUUAAAAAUGUAAAAGUUGGACAAGUGAUUGUCUCUGAUUACAGAUCUACCAUUUCUAAGAAA